GCUCUCUCUUUCUCUCACCUCCCUAACUCAGUCGACUAGCUUCCCACCACUUGGCCUCCAAGUAACCAAAACAAAAACGUGAUCAAUUUUAUUCCUAUUUCUUUUGUUUCUAUCCUCUACUUUCUCAACACUUCUCACGCAACUUCCCUCCUAUUUCCCCAAACUUCACUUGUUAUAAAAACUCUUUCCCCAAACACCACAUUUCAUUAUUAUCUCAACAACCAAAAUUCUCUCUCUCUUCCAACAAAACAAUACUUUAUAACUAAAACAACUUUCCAUUACAAAGAAAAAAAGAAAAAAGAAAAAAAUCAAUGGCCCUUGAAGCAUUAAACUCUCCGACGACUCCACCGCCGUCGUCGUUUCAGUUCGACUGCAUGGAGUCGUGGACUAAGGGCAAGCGGUCCAAGCGCCCCCGCGGCCCCACCGAAGAAGAGUACCUCGCUCUUUGUCUCAUCAUGCUCGCUCGAGGUGGACGCGGCGCCGCCGCCGCUUCCACUUCCGCCGUGCUGCCUCACCGGAACACCUUUCGGGGUGUGCGAACCCAAUCUCCGCCGUCGACGCGGGUGAUGGUUCCGGCUGAUCAAGCUACUUCAGCUUCUAAGUUGGUGUACAAGUGCUCUGUUUGCGACAAGGCUUUUGGGUCCUACCAAGCUUUGGGUGGGCACAAAGCCAGCCACCGCAAACUCAACGGCGGCGGCGGCGGCAGCGGGGAAGAUCACUCAACAACCUCCGUUUCCGCCACCACAACAACCACCUCCACCUCCGGCGGUGGCGGCAGGUCCCACGAGUGCUCCAUCUGCCACAGAUGCUUCCCGAGCGGGCAGGCCUUGGGAGGACAUAAGCGCUGCCACUAUGAGGGCGGCGCCCCGAGCGGCAGCAGCGUCGUUACUUCAUCGGAAGGUAUGGGUUCAACCGUGAGUCACCGGGGCUUCGACUUGAACCUGCCCGCUUUGCCGGAAUUGUGGACGGGAUUCGGCUCCGGUUUGGAAGACGAAGUGGAAAGCCCACACCCGGCGAAGAAAUCACGCCUCUCGUUGCCGCCGGCGAAGUUGGAAACUCUUUGAAGAAUCAACACGUCUCAUAAAAUUCAAUUAUUUUGGGAAAUUCAGAUAAUAUUUUUUUUUUAAAUUUGAUUCUUUUUUAGUGGUGGAAAUUAUUUGUGUAAAUAGAAGUCGGAAUCAGUUGAUACUCAUCAUUUGUUUGAUUGAUGUAUUUAUUUUAGUCAGAGGAUAGAUAUAGCAAUUAGUUAAAAGUCUGUUACCCAAUAAUAGCAUUAAUUAAUAUUUUUCCAAAUUGUUUUUGUAUUAUUUGAUUAAUAGUUGAAUUGAAAGUUUCAAUCCCAA